CAGAGAGAGAAAGAGAAGGAGCGAGAGGAGAGAGAGAAAGAGAAGGAGAGGGAGAAGGAGAGAGAAGAAAGACGCGGCGGCGCUUAACAUUUACGCCGGCGACGCCUGCCGUCGACGCACACCCGCCACCGAGAAAGAAAGAGAGAAAGAAGGGUGAAAGAAAGAGAGAGGAGAAAGAGAACGAGAAAGAGAAAGAUAAGGAGGAAGGGAGAGCUGUCGAGGAAGAAAGAACGACCCUGGUGGAUUCCGGCGACGCCGCCGCGUCUAGGUAAGUGUGUGCAAUUGGUAAUUUUUUUUUUAAUUUUGCAAAAAACCACCACCGGCUAACAUUUAACCACCACAACGCAGCACCUCCGUCCCCUAGCCGUGACUGAACCACCUGGCCGUGGUUGUUUCCGGCGACGCCACACCUCCGUCCCCUGAAAAUUCAGAUUUGUACAAUUUUGUUGGUUUAAUUGUUAAAAAGAAGUGCAAAUCUAAAGGUGGUCAUCAUGGGAGGAGGAAAUAAAGGAGAAACGUCCAAGAGGAGAAAGACUAAGGGGAAAUCUCAGUUUGUACGUGUUGACGAGGAUGAGUCAAUGGAGGAAGAGGAGGCACAUGAUUUGGGGGCCUCUCAAGAAAUCGUCAGUCGGAGACAGAUUCCUAGGCAUGUACAAGGGCAACAGAAGCUACAGGACCCGCAUCCUAAUGACUUGCUGGAGUUGGACCCUUCCACACUUUGGUUUGAUGAUAUCCCGGUGAAGAAUGUGCUCUCCGACUCGCUAACCGGCUACUAUGUUGAGCCUUGGAGGAAUUAUGGAGAGGUUGAUGAAGAUUCGAGAGAGCACUUUUGGAACUUGUUCAGCCAUGUAUAUAUAAAGGCUGCAAAAAAACCAAGGCCAAUUACCAAAUGCCCAUGAUCUUUUCUUGAAGACACACUUCAAGGAAGUGCCUGGAAAAGGCCAAGUGGCUGCCCACACCAAAGCAAAAAGGAUUGCGGUAAAAACUUAUUAUAUGAGUUGAUAUAUGGCAAAUUAGCAAAGUACACUACAAGAAAAUAACCUUUUCGUAGCGAUUAUUUUAACCUUUAGUAUCGAUUGUAAUUGCAACAAAAAGCUUUCCCAACGAAUGGUCAUUCGAUACAAUAUCCCCCGUUGCCUUAGCCUUUAGUAGUGGUAUUCAAUAUCGUUGGGGUUGACCUCAAUAAUCGA